GUCCUGUGGCACAUAGGCUGAGACAUUAAGUACAAAACAGAACAAGCCAUUGACAGCUGAGAGAACUGAGGCUCUAAAGGGAGGAGGCUCUGUAACCGUUAGUCUCUUUGCAAAUCUGGGCUGGAACCUCAGGUCUUCUUACUCCAAGCCAGGCUUUGCUUCUGUCUUCAUCUCUCUCUACACAGUUAGUGGCACAUCACCCAGUGGAGACAAUCAGCUGAUUGUCUGAGGAGGAGAAGGUUGGGGCCUGGAAGACUGAGUGGGACCACGGUAUCCUGGAGGCAUGAAAGAGGCUGGCUCCUCAGCUUUUACCCUGUGGGCCCAACGUGAAGAGCGGCAUGCGGCGCCCCCUGGCUGGCCCUGUGUCUUUUGACCUGCUGGUGACUGCUCCCAGGAGGCCCUGACGCCCUGGGGCACUUUUGCUCUGCACAGGACCACGCUGGGGUUUGCCAUGGUGACAUAAAGGGGUGCAGAGGAAGGAAGGAAGACCAGCCUGUAGACUGUGCCCCUGGCUGGACGAAAGGGCCAGGGGCCCGGAGCCUUCUCUCCACUGCCCUUGAACGUCUCACUUCCUAAGUCUCUGCAUUUCUCAGUCAGUGGACAACUUUUGGGACUCCUGUGUGAGGACUUUGGGGGACCAGGCCAGGCUGGGCCUCUGCUGGUUGAGAUCUUGGGGGCCAGAAUGCCUGCCCUGGCGUGCCUCCGGAGGCUGUGUCGGCACCUGUCCCCACAGGCUGUCCUGUUCCUGCUGUUCGUCUUUUGCCUGUUCAGCGUCUUUGUCUCUGCCUACUACCUAUAUGGUUGGAACCGGGGCCUCGAGCCCUCGGCAGAUGCUUCUGAGUCCGACUGUGGGGACCCACCACCUGUCGCCCCUAGCCGUCUCCUGCCAAUCAAACCUGUGCAGGCGGUUGUCCCUUCCCGAACAGACCCACUGGUGCUGGUAUUUGUGGAGAGCCUCUAUUCACAGCUGGGCCAGGAGGUGGUGGCAAUCCUGGAAUCCAGUCGCUUCAAGUACCGAACAGAGAUUGCACCGGGGAAGGGGGACAUGCCCACACUCACUGACAAGGGCCGUGGCCGCUUUGCCCUCAUCAUCUAUGAGAACAUCCUCAAGUAUGUCAACCUGGAUGCCUGGAACCGGGAGCUGCUGGACAAGUACUGUGUGGCCUACGGCGUGGGCAUCAUUGGCUUCUUCAAGGCUAAUGAGAACAGCCUGCUGAGUGCACAGCUCAAAGGCUUCCCUCUUUUCCUGCAUUCGAACCUGGGCUUGAAAGACUGCAGCAUCAACCCCAAGUCCCCACUGCUCUAUGUGACACGGCCCAGUGAGGUAGAGAAAGGCGUGCUGCCUGGAGAGGAUUGGACUGUGUUCCAGUCCAACCACUCUACCUAUGAACCAGUGCUGCUGGCCAAGACACGCUCCUCCGAGUCCAUCCCACACCUGGGUGCAGAUGCUGGCCUGCAUGCUGCACUGCAUGCUACUGUGGUCCAGGACCUGGGCCUCCACGACGGCAUCCAGCGUGUGCUGUUUGGCAACAACCUCAACUUUUGGCUGCAUAAGCUUGUCUUCGUGGAUGCUGUGGCCUUCCUCACAGGGAAGCGCCUCUCACUGCCUUUGGACCGGUACAUCCUGGUGGACAUUGAUGACAUUUUUGUGGGCAAGGAGGGCACACGCAUGAAGGUAGAGGAUGUGAAGGCCCUGUUUGAUACACAGAAUGAACUUCGCACACAUAUCCCAAACUUCACCUUCAACCUGGGCUACUCAGGGAAAUUCUUCCACACAGGUACUGAUGCCGAGGAUGCUGGGGACGAUCUGCUGCUGUCCUACGUGAAAGAGUUCUGGUGGUUCCCCCACAUGUGGAGCCACAUGCAACCCCACCUCUUCCACAACCAGUCUGUGCUGGCUGAGCAGAUGGCCCUGAACAAGAAGUUCGCUGUCGAGCACGGCAUCCCCACAGAUAUGGGGUAUGCGGUGGCACCCCACCACUCUGGUGUGUACCCUGUGCAUGUGCAGCUGUAUGAGGCCUGGAAGCAAGUGUGGAGCAUCCGUGUGACCAGCACAGAGGAAUACCCGCAUCUGAAGCCUGCCCGUUACCGCCGGGGCUUCAUCCACAAUGGCAUCAUGGUCCUCCCUCGGCAGACCUGUGGCCUCUUUACACACACCAUCUUCUACAACGAGUACCCGGGAGGCUCCAGUGAGCUGGACAAGAUCAUCAAUGGGGGCGAGCUCUUCCUCACCGUGCUCCUCAAUCCUAUCAGCAUCUUCAUGACGCACUUAUCCAACUAUGGAAAUGACCGCCUGGGACUAUACACCUUCAAGCACCUGGUGCGCUUCCUGCACUCUUGGACCAACCUGAGGCUGCAGACACUGCCCCCUGUGCAGCUGGCCCAGAAGUACUUCCAGAUCUUUUCUGAGGAGAAGGACCCACUUUGGCAGGAUCCCUGUGAGGACAAACGGCACAAAGACAUCUGGUCUAAGGAGAAGACAUGUGACCGCUUCCCAAAGCUUCUCAUCAUUGGCCCCCAGAAAACAGGCACCACGGCCCUCUACCUGUUCCUGGGCAUGCACCCGGACCUCAGCAGCAACUACCCCAGCUCUGAGACCUUUGAGGAAAUCCAGUUUUUUAAUGGCCACAACUAUCACAAAGGCAUCGACUGGUACAUGGAGUUCUUCCCGAUUCCCUCCAACACCACCUCUGAUUUCUACUUUGAGAAAAGUGCCAACUACUUUGACUCAGAAGUGGCACCACGGCGGGCAGCUGCCCUGUUGCCCAAGGCCAAGAUUCUCACCAUCCUCAUCAAUCCAGCCGACCGGGCUUACUCUUGGUACCAGCACCAGCGAGCCCAUGAUGACCCAGUGGCCCUAAAGUACACCUUCCAUGAGGUGAUCACAGCUGGCCCUGAUGCAUCCUCAAAGCUGCGUGCCCUCCAGAACCGAUGCCUGGUCCCUGGCUGGUAUGCCACUCAUAUUGAACGCUGGCUCAGCGCCUUUCAUGCCAACCAGAUCCUGGUCUUGGAUGGCAAACUGCUUCGAACAGAACCUGCCAAAGUGAUGGACACGGUGCAGAAAUUCCUCGGGGUGACCAGCACUGUUGACUACCAUAAAACCUUGGCGUUUGACCCAAAGAAAGGAUUUUGGUGCCAACUGCUUGAAGGAGGAAAAACCAAGUGUCUGGGGAAAAGCAAGGGACGGAAAUAUCCAGAGAUGGACUUGGAUUCUAGAUCCUUCCUAAAGGAUUACUACCGGGACCACAACAUCGAGCUCUCUAAGCUGCUGUAUAAGAUGGGCCAGACACUGCCCACCUGGCUGCGGGAAGACCUCCAGAACACCAGGUAGCCUUGGCCACCACAGCCAGACAGAACGCUUGUGUUAGCAGGGAUGUCCUGCCUCACACUGAGCCAGACUGACCUGCCGAGAAGGAUGCUGGGCCCAGCCAGCCAAAAGCAACGAGCAAUACUCUGCUAAGGCCCAUCAGGGCCGGAAGCCCAGGCAGGUCUGCAAGCGCCUCAGAACAUCCGCUGCUGGAUGUGUGGCCUGUGGGACCUCUGUGGUACCAGAGGUCCAUUCCGUUCCUUUGCAGCCUCCCUGCCUGGGGAGAGCACUUCCUGUUGGUGGAAGGUCAUUUUCUGGUAGGAGGAGUCCUGGAGACUCUCUCCUGUCCCUCACUGUGUUCUACCACUCCUGUCCUGUCCUUUGUCACACCACCCCCCGCUCCAGCAGGUGUCCCCUCAGUAUUAGCUGCCGUAUUUCUCUGUCCUCCAGACAGUAAGGGAGAAGAGUGCAGCUGGGCCUUUCACCCAGUGAGGGAGAAAGACUGGGCAUGUCCCUGAGGGUUUGAGCCAGGCCCUGCCAGGGUUUAGCUGGGCACCCAGAUGUACUCUUGAGAUAGAAUGUGAGGGUGGCCAUCUUGAGAGGACAUACGACUCUGUAUUUGGGUUAUCACUAUCAAGUCUCAUCUCCCCUGUGGGGGAAGGACUUUCUGGUCCCUGCAGCAUCCACCUAGUGCUCACGGUCUCUCUAGGCCCUAGGCCACUGCCAUGCCACUGGGCCUUGGCCCUGUCCUGCUCACCUGGAUGUGACAUGUGGUGUUUCCUGUGGUAAAGGCUGAGGCGAGUCAGGAGUCUGCCAGUGUUCAUACUCCCAUGUACAUACAUUGUCUCAUGGCCACCGUCUCGGCCCAGCAGCCAUGGCAGAGUCGGCAAGCAGUACUGUCCACUGCUUUGCCUGGCAACCUGUGGCUGAGGGUUCCCAGAGACCCCCUAACCUCCCAAAUACUAAGAAGCUAAAGUAUUUUAAUAUUUUGUGUUUUUUUUUUCUUGGUGCCAGAGUUUAUACCCUGGGUGCUGGGUCGCACUGUGUUUUAUAUAUAUAUAUAUAAUGUGUAUAUAUAUAUAUAUUAUAUUUUUUUUGGUUGGGUUUGUUUUUAAUUCAGUCAUACACAAUGGUGGCAAGCCCUAGCCUCAAAGAAUGUUGUAUCUCAAUGCUAGAGAAUGAGGUGGAAGGGAAGGGUGAGUGUGUCUGUGAGUGCCAGGCCUCAGGGCGAAGUCUUGAAGGGUCCCUCUUCUCUCUUCUGCGGAGGGAAUAGAGAUGCUAAGGUGAAAGGGAAGACCAACUCUCCCAAAAUAGUAUGGCUUUACAAAGCCUAGUGGCUGUGGGGUGUUUGGGACACAGGGAAAGGCUGGCCUGGGCUGGGAGACCUGGGGCCCUGAGCUGGCCUCUCCCUCCCCUGUCACAUGGUGCUAGGUUGGGGUCUGCCUUGGAGUGAGGUGUCCACAGGGACCCACAGAACUGUCUCCAGUCCCUGCAGACACAGGGUCUUUGGCUCUUCUCUGUUUGGAUUCUGUUUCUGUCCCCCUUUUAACAAUGUGAAGUGACUGAGGUUGGGUUUCCUCUUCCUGCUUCCCCAACCUAUGCAUCCCUUCAACUGCCAGUCCAGUGUCCACCAGCAUCCAUUCUGGCAUCCUGGGCAUGGAAGGGUCCCAAGAUGGGCACAAAGUGGGUCCAGGAAUGGGAGGUGGCCUUGGUCAACAUCACAGAGCUGUUAGAAGCAAUGCCAAGCGUUAAAUUCAGGCCCCCGAUUCAGAGCCCGUGCUCUUCCAGUACCACACUGCCUCUGAGCCUGCCUUCGGGACCCUACUGUGUUCCAGGUUCUGUCUUCCCUUAGUCACAUAGCUGUGUUCAUUCCGGGACAUGGGGACAAACCACUCUUUCCCAGCCAGGUGCCUUUGAGCCUUCCCUUCCAAGACCUGCACUUUCCCUGAUGUGUUCUCUUGUUUCCAGAGUCCAUCCAUCCCGCUAGCUGGGCAGUCGUCAUCAUGAGCUAUUCUCUUGGAGUUUGCCACUGUGGUGGAGAGUGUGGGAUGCUCAGAGGGACCUGCAUGCAUGGUUGUGGUGUGCAGAGAGCCAUGUCACAUCGUUUCUCACUGGGGUCUUGGAACCUGUGGAUCCUAGUCACUACACAGUGGCUAUGUGAUAUGCUCAAAUGCCCUGCCAGCAAGCUAGAAUCAGACUCAGGGUUAGGUCAGAGUGCAUGCCCUUAGCCUCAUUUCCCAGAUGUCAGUUUUGAUAGCUCCUGUAUUCUGAAAGCUACUCUCUGUAUGAGACCCUGUGAGAGCUGAGUUAGGAUAGUUGGAGUGGCCUUGGUAUAGCAAGCAGAUCUGUUAGUCUCUGGCCUCCUGUGGAAGCAGGUUUGAGACCCUGGCAGAGCAGGGGAAUGUCCACAGAUUGACUAGAAACAUUUGGAAAAACACAAAAAAUAAGUUCGAGGGAAAUGACUUCAGUCGUCCAGGCCCUCUGUCCCUUCUGCAGUCUCUACUAACAGCCUUUGCCUUAUGGGUGCAGCUCACCUGCAGCUGCCUCAUUCAUUCCAGGUUCUAGAGCUUUCUACAGGGCAGGCACCUCGGAGAGCACAGGGGAUGAAGACGAAGCUAAAAUGGACCUUUCAAACCCUCAUGUAUGAGCAGUGGGUGCUUCUGAGUCUGCUCAUUUCCAGAGGAGGAAAAGUGCUGGCCCGUCCCGCCCUCGAGCCUCCUGGUGUGUUAGUGGCAAGAGCAAGCUCAGAACUGUCUCACGGUUGGGCUGUGACUGCCAGCCACCCUUCUUCUAGACUGAAGGACAUUAGCAUUUGUCAGUUUGUUUUCCCUCUCUCUACAUGUAAGUGUGUUUUAAAGUUGCAGUAUCAUGAGACUGUUUAUCCCUAGUGUUGCCCUAAGAGGUAGGGCCUUCUACCAAACCAGCCAGUGCCACAGCCAAGACAGUAGUCCUGGCCCACUAACAGCCGCUGUCCAGUCUGUACCUAAAGUUGUCCCCCAAGCCCCCAUUAUACUUGGUUUUAGUAUUGGAUCCAGUCAGGGCAAGAACAUUCAUUGUAUUUUAUUAAAAAGUUCCUUUGAAAGCUAAAAAGUUUUCCUUCUGCCCAUUUGAUUUAAAAAAAAAAAAAAAGUUUGGUUUUUGUUUGUUUGAGACAAGGUCUCAUUAUAUAGCCCUGGCUAGCCUGGAAUUUGUUAUAUAGACCAGGCUAGCCCUGGAACUCAUAGAGAUCCACUUGACUCUCAAAAGCUGAGAUUAAAUGUCUGCACUUACCAGGCCCAGUUCAAAAUGGUAUUUUGUUUGUGUUUUUGAGACAUGGUCUCAUCUUGUAAAUCUAGCUGUCCUGGAAAAUGUUAUGUGAGCCAGGCUGGCUUCGAACUUGGAGAUCCACUUGCCUCUGCCUCCCGAAUUCUGGCAUUAAAUGUGUGUGCUACUUCUCCCAUCCUCCAAAUGGUAUUUUUAAGGCCAGAGGGUGUGUCGUCAUAUAGAAGACCCACAUUCCACAUCUGAUUUUUCCUCCUUUAGCCCACAUGCUUUCAAGGGUACUGUUUCUUCUUGUGCCGAUGUGGCAUUUCCUCUCACCUAUAGUGUGCUUCCUUCCACUGCCCCCUAAGUGAGGACCAAACCAGCUUGGGGGAGAGGAAGGGUCUCCCCGAAGAGGCAACAUCACCUUGGGUAGGGGUUGAGGGCUCUGUGGGUUGGGAUGGCCUGCUAGACUGACCCUGGGGGUCCAGGCUGAGCCCUGAGUUGUCAGAAGAAAUGUGCACAGCUCAGAGGAGCCGGGCUGCCCCAUACUAAGUGCAGCGUUUGUCUUUCUCCAUCUCUUUCCUUUUCUUUGUUUUGGUUUCCCUGCUUCUCUUCCGUGGUUCUGGGGUCUUCAUUCUCUAGAUGGUCAGUGUGCACUGGAGCAGAGAUAAGUAAGACCUCAAGCUAUGACAGGGAGGGCCUAGAUGGAGAAGAGCACUGGGCAUAGUAGGUGGCCACGUGACGGUCACAUGACAGUCUUCCUCCCAAGGCCUCAGCGUCCCCUCCAUAAAAUGAGGAGAUGGAGGCUUCAGCAAGGGUUUUCACAGCCAUGCAAGAGACAGCCAUGCUCUGUGUGAUCUGAGGCUAGGUGUCUGUCCUCACCCCUCCUCAGGCCUUCCAUGCAGUGCUGGGGUUAGGGUUGUCUGGCUGUGGGCUUGAUGCCCUUGCCAGCUCUGAGUAGCCGGGCAAUGGCUGAGGGCCAGCAGGAAGGCCAGGGGAGACUCCCUGCAAUGUUUCACCUAAGAAGCCCCCUCAGCCUCUCUCCCUGGCCUGGAGGAGGAUCCCAGAGGAAAGGGUUUUCUAUGACUGAGCUAGCUUUUCUUAUGGGCAAGAGGGCUCUUUUUGUAAUUUGUGCAUGAAAUUCAUGUUAUUUCCUGGGGAGAGAAGAGGGCCAACUGAGUGGGUGGGGGGCACGUGUGGGAAGCAGGCAGAGGUUUCCUUCCCUGCAGGGGUGGGAAGGGGUCGCAGAGGGCAUGCUACCCAGCUCACCUGAAGAGGGCUCUUGAACCAGCCGUUUUGGGUUGUGUUAAAUGUGGGAACUUUCCUCCGUUAAUGUACAAUCUUGAACUAACUGCUAAUAAAAUGGGAUUCUGUUUGUA